AUGGCAGAAAGUGUAUCAAGCUCCAUUGAAAACAGUGCAGCAAUGCCUCCACAAUGGCGGAAUGAAAAAUUUUCCAUUUACGGACAAUGGAUUAUUCCAACUAUUAGUGGUCAGUGUUGUCCUCCUACUGCUGCCUUUGCUAUUCAAAAGAUUUCUAAUAAUAAAGCUGUCAUGUUUGGUGGAGUAGUGCCUAGGGAUGAUGGUAGAAGUGAUAUAUCUGUUAAUACAGUCUAUACAUGUCAACUGGAGUCUGAUACUACAAUACACUGGGAGAGUGUUAAGGGACCAGUAGUACCUGCUAGUGUACAGUGGCCUGUGGAGAGACAUUAUCAUGCUAUUACUAGUAUCAUCAGUGACUCACCUACACUAGUAAUGAUAGGUGGAGAGGAUAAACAUGAUCAACUAGUAAAUGAUAGUUGGUUACUGAAUACUAGUGAGUACCAGUGGAGUAAGGUAUGUGUAUAAUGUUAUUAGUUUAGAGUGUACAUGUGUGUGAUACAGUGAUUGUAGA